GAAGUCGUGGGUCGUUAAGUGGACAGAAACAACCUUUACAGUAGUUAAGCUGUUUUUAAUAAGCGAGGGCUUUGACAUCUCGUCGUUUAAAUAAGAUAACGUCAGUACGUUAAAGUUAGUGGCUGUUAAUUUCUUUGAAGGUAAAAUAUUCUAUUCAGUGUCUUUUGUUUCUGGAGAAUUUUUUUUUUUACAUUUGUUUAUAGCCAGCUAAGUUUGAAAAAGGGGAACUAACAAAAUGAGUUUUGUGGAAGUGAAGAAUAUGGAGCCUACCACUUUCGAACACCGUUACUACGACGAAUAUGAGUAUUACAACCUAACUGACCGUUAUUGCGGCGGAGCCAGUCGCAAGGGAAGGACAAAACGUGAAGCCUGUUGCAACACAAAUAGACCCAACCCUGCGGGCCACGAGAGAAAGAUUGCAGAGAAACUGCGCAAUGCAGAGAGAAGAUCCAAGAAGUGAGGUUGGACCCAGGAAAAGUGUGUAUCGGACAGCUAACCCUGGCAAUGAACCACAGCCUUCUCGGCAACGGAAAGAGAUGGGUCAACGUCACAGCAAGGCCAAAGGCUGAAGAAACAAAUACCAGUCUUGGCAAAUGAAUGGGACACAAAUGGAGAAGAACUGGCUCCCUACAUUUAACAAAUCUGGGAAAGCCCAGUCAGUCUAGGCAGAGGAGAGAGGGGCAAGAUGUAUUGUAAAGUCAAUUUGAGUGUUACACUCUGCACUGGGUUUUUGAUGACUGUAGCUCAGUGUACAGCAUAGUAUCAGUGUGAGAUGCUGAAGUGUGAUUGUAAAUACUGACAGCCUAGAAGAGGAUUUUGU